UUUUUUUACGCCAACGUUUAAGUUUACUCCUUCUCCGUCACUUCCGCUCAAAAACAUGGUUGUUUCCUUUUCUGAUUUCAUCUUAAAAGUCACUGGUCAAACGUUUGGUAAUGCUUGUUUACGUGUGGGAAAAAAAAAACACGAUUAUCUUUCUAUCUUUAUCGCCUAGACAGUUAAAUUAAUCAUACCCAUGCGCAAAAGACAUUCAAAUAAAACAAAUUAAAAAAAGGAUUGUUUUGAUACAUUUGGUAAAGUAAGUCAGAGUGGGAGGAAUCAUGACGUCAGAGGUAUAAAGUCAAUCUCACGCUCUUUUGCCGUUCCCUCCUUGGCUCUACCCCGCGUCUGCACACGAGGACUCACCGGUAACUUCUUACAAUGGGCUUUGGUGAUCUGAAAACAGCUGCCGGCCUCAAAGUUCUGAAUGACUUUUUGGCAAGCAAAAGUUACAUCGAGGGGUAUGUGCCCUCUCAAGCUGAUAUUGCUGUGUUCGAUGCCCUGUCCGGUGCCCCCUCAGCUGACCUCAGCCAUGCCUUGCGGUGGUACAACCACAUUAAGUCUUACCAGAAGGAGAAGGGUAGCCUUCCAGGUGUGAAGAAGCCUCUUGGUCAGUACGGCCCUGCUGGUGUGGAGGACACAACUGCAGCAGCUCCUGCCGUGGCUGACGAAGACGACGAUGACAUUGACCUGUUUGGUUCAGAUGAGGAAGAGGAUGAGGAGACCAAAAAGAUCAAGGAGGAGAGGCUUGCAGCUUACAAUGCAAAGAAGUCCAAGAAGCCUGCACUUAUCGCCAAGUCUUCCAUCCUGUUGGACGUCAAGCCCUGGGAUGAUGAAACCGAAAUGGCCAAGCUUGAGGAGUGUGUCCGCAGCAUUCAGUUGGAUGGUCUAGUCUGGGGACAAUCUAAACUGUUGCCUGUUGGCUAUGGCAUCAAAAAGCUACAGAUCGCCUGUGUGGUGGAGGAUGACAAAGUUGGAACAGACCAGCUGGAGGAACUGAUCACAGCCUUUGAAGACUACGUUCAGUCCAUGGAUGUGGCAGCUUUCAACAAGAUCUAAAUCCCCCAACCCAGAAAGAAUUAAUCCAAUAAAGACAC